AUGUCUCCUCAUAGGGCGGAUGGGCAAAAUAUCAAAAUCGCCAUCGAUCGUGGUGGUACCUUCACCGAUUGUCUAGGUAUUAUUGAAGGUCGUGACGAGGAAAUCGUUGUCAAACUGCUUUCACAGGAUCCUGCCAACUAUGCAGAUGCCCCCAUAGAGGGCAUUCGUCGUAUUCUCGAGCAGGCGACGGGCAAGUCUUUCCCUCGCGACCAGCAACUUACAACUGCCGACUUUCGCAACGUGAGUAUUCGCAUGGGUACGACUGUAGCCACAAAUGCACUACUAGAGCGAAAGGGCGAGCGUCAUGCUCUUCUGAUCACCAAGGGAUUCAAGGAUGCUUUGCGUAUUGGAACUCAGUCUCGACCAAAGCUAUUUGCACUCAAUAUUCAACGUCCAGAUGUCCUGUACGAAGAUGUUGUGGAAAUUGAGGAGCGUGUUACCGUAGAAGAUUACCAGCAAAAUCCCAACCCCGACAAAGAAAGCCUAACCAAGGCACUUCAAUCUGAUCCUUGUUUAAAACGCGGCGUCAGUGGCGAAGUGAUUCGAAUUCUAGAGCCUCUCGAUGAGACGAGCACAAGGAAAAGCCUCAAAAAGUUAUAUGUUAAAGGCUAUCGAUCGAUUGCGGUUUGCUUGGUACACUCAUAUACAUUUCAAGAACAUGAGUUGGUCAUUGAAAGAAUUGCAAAAGAAAUUGGGUUCGAACAAAUCUCAUUGUCGAGUCAGCUGCUACCCAUGAUUAAAAUGACCUCCCGGGGGGCAUCAGCUACUGCAGACGCCUAUUUAACGCCUGUUAUCCAGCGUUAUAUCCAGGGGUUCCGAUCCGGGUUUAAGGAUGGACUACGCUCGGCUAAUACACGUUGUGAAUUUAUGCAGAGCGAUGGUGGUUUGGCCAAUUUUGAGAAAUUCACCGGCUUGCGAGCAAUCCUGUCAGGUCCAGCUGGUGGUGUUGUAGGGUACGCAGGAACGUCUUUUGACGAAAAUGACCGAACUCCAGUUAUUGGAUUUGAUAUGGGCGGUACCAGUACCGACGUGUCUCGUUAUGAUGGGAAGUUGGAGCAUACAUUUGAAAACACUAUCUCCGGUGUCACAGUCAUGGCACCCCAACUGGACAUCAAUACCGUCGCUGCAGGUGGUGGUAGCAUUCUAUUCUGGCGCCACGGAUUAUUCGUUGUUGGCCCUGAGUCUGCCGGCGCCCAUCCAGGGCCUGCUUGCUACCGCAAAGGUGGUCCUUUGACAGUAACAGAUGCCAAUCUGUUCCUUGGGCGUCUUUUGCCGGAAUACUUUCCUCGGAUUUUUGGACCUAACGAAAACGAACCGCUUGAUGUUGAAAUCACUCGUCGGAAGUUUACUGAGCUGGCUGAUCAAAUAAACACCGAAACGGGACAGAAGAAGUCUCCUGAGGAGAUUGCUUUGGGAUUCAUUCAGGUCGCGAAUGAAUCCAUGGCAAAGCCUAUUCGUGCCCUGACCGAGGCUCGUGGAUACGAUACUUCUGCCCACAACUUGGCUUGUUUCGGCGGAGCAGGAGGGCAACAUGCCUGUGCUAUUGCGUCCUCUUUAUCCAUUGGAACAGUGAUUAUCCAUCGAUAUUCCUCGAUUUUGUCGGCAUAUGGUAUGGCUCUUGCCGACGUUGUCCAUGAGGCACAGGAGCCGGCAUCUGGUGCUUUGGACCAAACAGCAAUGGAAGCUAUCGCUGAACGCAUUAUUUCGCUAAAGUCUAAAGUUACUGCAGCUCUAGAGAGUGAUGGGAUUGAGGAGGCCCAGAUCAAUCACGAAGUCUACCUUAACCUGCGCUACCAAGGUACUGAUAACACCUUGAUGGUACUGGAACCGUACCAUGGAGACUUCAUCGCCGAGUUUGUCAAAGAACAUCAACGGGAAUUCUCUUUCAUAUUCCCUGGUCGCAGCAUUCUCGUUGAGGAUAUCCGUGUACGUGGAAUUGGUAAGGCUACUUCUGCAACUCCAGAGGCGCCGCAGAAAGAGCUCAAAUCAACGGCCAGCAAGCCCGUGGGGAGCGAAGAGCAGGCUGAGUUUUCAUCUGUAUACUUUGCCGGGGUUGGAAAAGUCACCACACCAGUCUUCUUUCUUGCAAACCUCCAGCCAGGGAGUUUCAUUCAAGGCCCCGCAAUGAUCAUCGACAAUACCCAAACGAUCGUUGUGGAGCCCAAUGCAACAGCCAAAAUUCUGUCGCGGCACGUUAUCCUCAACGUGAAGUCAUCAAAGAAAGAGGCUGAUGAUGCGACCGUUGUGGACCCUAUUAAAUUGUCCAUCUUUGGCCAUCGCUUCAUGUCUGUUGCUGAUCAGAUGAGUCGCAUGUUCCAAAAGACAUCUGUAUCGACAAACAUCAAAGAACGUCUGGACUUUUCAUGUGCUGUAUUCUCACCUGACGGCAAGCUGGUUGCAAACGCUCCAAAUGUGCCAGUUCAUUUAGGAAGUAUGGAGUAUUCUGUUCGAUAUCAGCAUGAGCAAUAUGGGGGCGACUUGAAGCCCGGCGACCAUAUUCUAACCAACCACCCCCUUGCGGGCGGCACUCACCUUCCCGAUAUCACUAUUAUCACUCCAGUUUGGGAUCAAGAUGGCAAAGAUAUUAUCUUCUACGUUGCAUCUCGUGGUCAUCAUGCUGAAAUUGGUGGUAUUGCCCCUGGGUCUAUGCCUUCAAACAGCAAGAUGCUUUAUGAAGAAGGCGCCAUGACAAUGGGCUUCAAAGUCGUUUCAGAAGGCCGUUUUGAUGAAGAGAUAGUUCAAAAAUUCUUGUACGACGAACCAGCCGCUUACGCCGGUUGCAGCGGUACUCGUACCUACAAUGACAAUGUCUCCGAUCUGAAAGCUGCAAUUGCCGCAAAUCAUAAGGGUGCACAGCUUCUACAAGGCUUGGUCGCCGAGAACACCCUGGAAGUGGUCCAUUUUUAUAUGGAUGCGAUCAAGCGCAAUGCCGAAGUUGCUGUUCGAGAGCUGCUCAAGUCCAUUGGGCGCCAAAAUCCCGGUCAACCGCUCCGGUUUUCUGACUUUAUGGAUGACGGAACCGAAAUAAAAUUGGAGAUUCGCAUUGAUCCUGAAACCGGGUCUGCCGAUUUUGAUUUCACGGGCACAGGCCGCGAGACAUUCAACUGUCUCAACGCGCCGAAAGCCAUUGCCCAUUCAGCCAUUAUUUACAGUUUGCGGGCUCUGAUUGACGUUGAUAUUCCUCUUAAUCAGGGCUGUCUCGCUCCGGUAAAUGUGAUAAUUCCACCUGGAACAUUGCUGAACCCAUCCGGUCACGCUGCUGUCUGCGCAGGAAAUCCCAUUACAUCGCAGCGUAUCACAGAUGUCGUGCUUGGCGCUUUUGGAGCUUGUGCGGCUUCUCAGGGCUGUUGUAACAUCAUAUCAUUUGGCAUGGGCGGCGUUGAUCCUAGGACAGGCAGCGAAGUGCCUGGAUUUGGUGUUGGCGAGACUAUCUGCGGCGGAUCAGGGGCAGGCCCAUCCUGGAAUGGCACCUCAGGAGUGCACGUCCAUAUGACGAAUACGCGAAUCACAGAUGCUGAAGUCUAUGAACUCAGGUAUCCAGUAAUAUUGCGCCAAUUUUCGAUCCGAACUGGAUCAGGUGGUCAGGGCCAAUUCCGCGGUGGUGACGGUGUGAUCCGAGAGUUGGAAUUCCGAAUGCCAUUGUCGGUUUCGAUGCUUAGUGAACGCCGAGUCUACCGACCAUAUGGAUUGGAAGGAGGCGAGUCGGGCCAGGCCGGAAUGAACUUGUAUCUGAAGAAAGAGCUAGAUGGGACUGAGAGAAUGAUCAACAUUGGAGGGAAAAUGGAACUUCAAGUCCAGCCAGGAGAGAGGGUUAUCAUUCAUACACCCGGAGGUGGUGGCUGGGGCAAACCAAUAGUUGACGGUGCACAAUCAUCCACGGCCUCCUUUGCUUCUUUCCAGGCGAGGGGUAGUGUUCAUACAUUUAACCAAACCGCCGAGGCAGCAUCCUGA